CAAGCGUGUACCAUUAUGGAAUUUAAUAACAAUCAAAAUGAGGAAACAUUUCCUUUCUCAGUAAAAUUAGUAGAUGAGCCAAUAAAUUCAAAAUUGUUGAACGAUUUCCGUGGUGAAAAAACUGGAUUCGUGCAGGUUGGUGACGAUAAAUGGUUAUUUCCUAGUAAAUAUCAAGAUUCAGCAAAGCAUUUCUACAAUUUUCCAGCGAGGCCUGACGAUGUUUGGGUUGCAACGUAUCCACGUUCCGGGACAACGUGGACGCAGGAAAUGGUUUGGUUAAUAUGCAAUAAUCUGGAUUUCCAAGCCGCACGCCGUGAGAAAUUAACUAAGCGGUUUCCUUUCUUUGAGUUUCAUAUGUUCAUGCAUGACAAAAUGAAGGAACAAUUCUUAUCGGAGAACAUUGAAGUGACAGACAAACAGUUUAUCGAAGAAGCAUCGAACCCUGUAUAUGAAAUAUUAGAUUCCAUGACGACCCGACGGUUCAUAAAAACCCAUUUUCCAAUUUCGCUCUUGCCGCCUAGUAUAUUCAAGACUGGAGCUAAGGUCAUCUAUGUAGCUCGAAAUCCAUCGGAUGUUGUAGUUUCUUACUAUCACCUUAAUAGAUUAUACCGCACUCAAGGUUAUGUGGGUGACUUUGAAACAUUUUACAACUACUUUGAAAACAAUCUAACUCCAUGGUCACCAUACUGGACUCAUUUAAAACAAGGAUGGCAAGCACGAUGUUUACCAAACGUAUUAUUCAUGUUUUAUGAAAAUAUGAACAAAAACUUACCAGAAACUAUACGGACAGUAGCUAAUUUCCUCGAUAAACAUUUAUCUGACGAAGAAUUGACCAAAUUAAUUGAUCAUUUGAGUAUAGACAAGUUCAAAAAUAAUCCUUCCGUUAAUGGAGAUGAUCUUAAGGCAGUAGGAAUUUUAAACGACAGUACUCAGGGAUUUAUAAGACAAGGUAAGGUAAACUCCGCAGAGUACGAAAUGACAAACGAAAUAAAAGAGCGUGUCCACAAAUGGACGUUAUUUAACCUCAAAGAUACUGAUUUAAGAUUUCCUUCUAUGUAAUUACCAUUAUGGGGAUGUUGUUGAAUUUAAAUAAAUUUGAAUGAUUGUAAAACCGAGAGUGUCUUCCCGGAAGAAAUAAUCAUGCAAUUACCAUACAGUGAAAUACAAUCACGAAAAAAUCUAUUGCCAACAAUUCGUCUUAUUGUAUGUAUAUCAUAUAAGUAAAUUAAAAAUAUUGUCAUUACAAUAGAUCUACAAUACGUCCCAUUUAGUAUGAAUUUACGUCAAUUGGAAAACAAUAGAAUUAAUGGUAAAUGAACCAAGUUUGUUCGGGAAAAAGUGGUUUUACAUACACAUAGGGGAAAUGGAUGUAAUGUUGGCCUCUAAUUUGGGCCCAUACAUAAAUUCACCAAUCGACUAAAUUUUCAAUAGCGACCAAAAAUAUCCAUUAGUACCGUCCCAAUGACCCGUUAAUCUAGAUAAAAUUGAUAAAUAGCAGA